AUGGGCAAAGUUCAAUCGAGACUGAAUAAAAGAAAAUCUUCUCACUCAUCCCAAUGCUCCAUCUCCGACGAUGAUAAGAGAGAUCAAACAGCUUACGAAUAUAUCAAUAAAAGAAAAUAUUUUUCAUCAUACAUCCUUCCCCUGGACAGCGACGAAGUUGACCGAUUGACAUUGCAGCAUUAUAUCUUUAACAACAUAUGGGGAGGCGACUUUUCUUCGCCUGUCUGUGAUUUGCUGGAAAGAGGCGGAGCCAAGGUUUUGGAUGUAGGAUGCGGUCCAGGUGUCUUUGUGCUUGAAAUGGCAAACAAAUAUCCAAAAAAUUCAUUUGUCGGCAUGGACAUUGCAAACAACUAUCCGCUCUUUAUCAAACCCGAGAAUGCGUCAUUUCAAAGAGCCGACAUAACCAACGGUUUACCUUUUCCCGACAAUUCUUUUGACUUUGUAUAUAUGCGCUUCAUGAUGCUUGCCAUCACGAUAGAGAAUUGGCAAUUUGCAAUAGACGAACUCGUUCGCGUAUGUAAACCUGGAGGUUGGAUCGAAGUGAUGGAGAGAGAUAUCUAUUGGUACAACGAAGGAGAGAUGGUGAAUGAAUGGCGGACAAGAGUCGUUGAAGGAUUAAGGAAAGAAAGAAACAUCGAACUCAACAUAAGUUCACACAUUCCCGGAUACUUCACGUCAAACAAACAGUUAACUAAUUUUGCAAGUACAGCAUAUGCAGAGGUUGUCAAGUGGGGUGCCAAGAACUUUUCUAACGCCGUGUCACAUAAAUUCCCCGGAGAUUAUGAGACACUGGUUGAAAUAGCCAUGGAAGAACUUGAAAAGAACAAAGCUUUUGACAAGAGUUAUCGAUUUUGGGCAAUGAAAAAACAUCUGUAA